GGAGACCUCCCGCUCCCUGGCUGAUGUAACCUCCGUAAACAAGCUUAGCGCAAAGAUCGUUCGCAAAGCUCGAGUGGCGAUCUGCUUGUGCGUUUCUCUGUCGGUACCUGGAUGGCUGACUGCGCCAAAGCCCGGGACUCCGGAGGCAGCACCUUCGAACAAGAGUACUACGAUAAAUACGAUUAUUACAACCUAAAUGAAGCCGAAUACGGUGGUGGGAGCCGGAAGGGGAGGAGUAAAAAGGAAGCGAGUGAACAUACCAACCGCCACAGCCCAGCCGGACACGAGAGGAAGCUGGCAGCUAAACUCCAGCAGAGCGAGCGCAAGAGGAAGGAGAAAUGAAGGCAGGGCGUCUCAGGACUGGACACAGCGGACAUCGGACCGGAAUGCAAGGAAGCUCUCGGACUGGACGUGGACUUGGGAAUGCCGUGGGACUCUUUGGAAUCAGAAGGGAUAGACCACAAGACAGUAGCAGAAUUAUGC